GCUGCACAACACAAAAACGGCAGCAAAACCACCAUCAAACACGACGGACCGCCGCAAACACCACGACGACACGCUGCCAGCAAGAUGUCGAAGCUUUCGUUUCGGGCAAGGGCCCUCGAUCCGUCGAAACCGAUGCCGAUAUAUCUGGCGGAGGAGCUGCCAGAUCUGCCGGAAUAUUCCGCAAUCAAUCGGGCGGUUCCACAGAUGCCGAGCGGCAUGGAGAAGGAGGAGGAAUCGGAGCAUCAUCUGCAGCGAGCAAUAUGCACCGGACUCAUCAUUCCCACGCCCGAAGUGUACGACUCGACCGAUUCCGAGUUUUACGACAAAUACUACCCGCCCGACUACAAACUGCCCAAACAGCUGAUCCACAUGCAGCCGCUCAAUCUUGAGCAGGACAUACCGGAUUACGAUAUGGACAGUGCGGACGAGUUAUGGGUUACGUCACACGAGAAGAAGCUCGAUCUGGAUCCGCUCAAGUUUGAGAUCAUGAUGGAUCGGUUGGAGAAAAGCUCCGGCCAGACGGUGGUUACACUAAAUGAAGCCAAAGCCCUAUUGAAGCAGGACGAUGAAGUGAGCAUAGCCGUGUACGAUUACUGGCUAAAUAAGCGGUUAAAAUUGCAACAUCCCUUGAUAUUGUACGUAAAGACGGAAAAUCGAGGCAACAUGACACCGAACAAUCCGUACCUUGCUUUCCGGCGCCGCACCGAAAAGAUGCAAACGAGGAAAAACCGCAAGAACGAUGAAUCGUCGUACGAAAAGAUGCUGAAGCUAAGGCGGGAUCUGUCGCGGGCAGUGACGCUUCUGGAAAUGAUCAAGCGGCGGGAAAAGCUAAAACGGGAGCAGUUGCACCUGAGCAUCGAAAUCUACGAGAAGCGCUAUCAAGCGCAGGAUUUCCAUGGUCAUCUCCUGUCCGAGUUUGCGUCCAAUGCGACCCGCGUCACGAGACCGGCGUUUGCCCCGAUCUACACCAACCAGUACACCCCGUUGGCUGGGCAGGGUGGUGUAGGGCAGGGGGUGAAUGCGGUGGGGAGUGUAGGUGGCGCGUAUCUGAACAGUGGAGGCUCAUCGUCACAGUACGAACCACACGGCACGGGUAGCGGUGGAACCAACAAGCGUGAUAACGAGAGUCUCAGUAGUCGGAAGGAAAAGCGACAGUACAAGAAGCGGAAGCUAAAAAUGCAGAAAGAUCGAAGUAUGGGGAGUGGCGCGGGUGUUGGUGGUGUUGGGGUAGCCGGUGGCCGAGGAGACCCGCAGCAAGGUGGAUUGAACAGUACGAGUGGGCUCGGAAGUUCCGGGCUGCAUCAUCAUCACCACCAGCAGCACCAACAGCAUCACCAUUAUCAUGGAUCGAUGCUGGGAGGGAUUGGUGGCACUGUGGUCAGCGGACAUGGAACAGACCAUCAUCAUCAUCAUUUGCACGGGUCCGGUGAUCAUGUUGUUUCGUCCGACGAUGAGGAACUGUCGAAUCUGCAAGGAUCGUCGGCAGAAGAAGAGUACGCUUAUGCAUUCCGAAGAAGCAAACACAGCCAAUAUCAUAGGCCUCGUGCGGAUGGUUACGGUAACUGGCCAUGGACGUCCCGGGAGGAAAAUGGUUCGGCCGAUCCACGGUAUCGCUUCACCCUCACUUCCUUACGAUAUCCGAGGCCACGUUGCAUUGGUUUUGCGCGCAGACGUUUGGGUCGCGGUGGACGUGUCAUAAUCGAUCGAAUAGCAACCGAUUUCGAUGAUCUUUGGUCUCGGUUAGACUACACGAUCGUUGAAAGUGAAACGAUUGCAUCCGCGCUCAGCACGUCCGAGCCAACGAUAGCCCGCGAUGACGCGCAGAAGGACGACGAAAACAAUGAACCGAUCGUUAUCCCCUGCCGUCGCCGACAGAUCGAGCGUACGGUUAGUGUUAGUAGCAACUGCAGCAAUACCAGCAGUAGUGCGGGUGUGGUUGUAUCGUUGAAACCUCCGCCAAGAUUACCGCCGCACUUGAACCAUCAGAACCCGGUGCCGUUGGUGAACGGUUCGGACAGGUUGCCAAUGACGAACGGGAAUGGUAUUACGCCGCGAACGAUCGUAUCCCGCCGGAAGCUUGUACUGAAGCAGGAAUCGGCACCGGCAGUGAGCGAUUACGAAUCGGACGGUGCGCAAGAGAUUCAGUUCCUCGCCAGCAUUGGAUUGAUGAACAAGACGGAGAAGGAAUCGGCUGUGGCGACUUCCGAGGCCCUAAACACACUCGCUAGCACAAAGCGUCGGUUACGGUUCGAUAGUGAAGAGAAGGACGGUGAAAGUGGGGAGGUGACAAAGGAUGAGGUGGUGUUGGGCGGUGGAAGGACACUGAAAGCAGAUGUUCCAAACUCAGAUUCAAUUGUGAUAAAAAGUGAAGACAGCACCAACAGUAGCAGCGGCACCGGUACUGAGCUGGUGGUGUUGUCGACGGGUAGGAUAAAGCAAGAGCCGGAUGUUGGUGGGGGGAACGAUUACCAGAAGCCGGGUGUACCGGUUGGGGAAGAUUUUGAGCAGUUGAUAGACAGUGUAAACAGUCACGCUCGAACACGGUUUAAUAACGCGACGACGGCGACAAUGGUGGCGGAGUCAGUGACCGAAGUUGGUAGUAAUAGUAUUAGUUCCUCGAAGAACGAUGUGAGUGUGUCGCAGCAGGGUUCGUCGCGCCAGGCUCAACAGCAGGGAGGUGCAUCUCUGUCGCGAUUACACGACGCAACGCCGGAAGACAUUGACGCAGUUUACAAGGAUCUGUUGAACGACAUCCAAUCGAACUGGUUACACUUCCGUCCGAAAACACCGGAACCGUGCCAGGACGAUCUGUUGACGCUGGACGGCGAGGAGGAGGAUCUGCUGGAGCAUUGUCUUGGACUGACCGAUCGGCAUCGGAUUACGCUCGAACUGCAGUCGCUUGAUGAGCGGCUACCUGAGACGAUAUUCUCUCCAAGCAAAGGGACAACUUUAUCUUCCCUUUUCCGUACCACACCGUACGAUUUGGACAGUUUGAUCGAACCGCAUCCUUUAUCGCUCGAACAGCAAGGUGAUCCAGCAGAUGCGGUGGCGAAAGGAGCAACGGCGAGUUCGUCCGUUGAGGUUAAGCUCGAAACGUCCGGAUCGUCGUCGAGUGGUGAGAAUAAUCUUAGCGUACCUUCCGAGCUGAACGUUAGCUUGAACGAAUCGAGCGAGGAUAACGAAAAGAUGCUGGACAACAUUUUGCAAGAGUGUGCGAUCGAUGAUCCGAAGCAGUUGCAUCAGACGAGCAAUUUCUGGAACGGUAUCCUGGACGAUGGAAUGCUGAACAAUCUCGAGACGGUUGGUGGUGGACAGGCUGAGGACGAGCCGAUGGCGGAGGAAAGCGAGCCGGGUGAAACGCGAAACUUACUCUCGUCCAGCUCGGCUAAGAUCGGGUACCAUUCCGAGUUGGUUGGGUAUGGAAGGCCGUCGGGAGCUGCGGAUCGUCGCACAAGUAAGAGCAAACGUCGGAAAUUGCUUAAGCGCUGCAGUUAUCUUGUUGGGAGCAGUUACUUCUCGGUCAAGAGUCUACCAAAGGAGGAGAUGUUUCAACCUUUGCUGGAUGCAAACGGGCAGCCGAUUAUUCUUGGAGAUGGUGGUGAUAUGGAUGCUUCACUUGAUCCGAUGACGAGUGGAGAACAAAGGGAGCUUCGAGAUGGCGAAGACACGACGAUGCCAAGUGACUCUCUGCAGUCCAAUUCCGUAACAGGAGUAGAGUCGAUGGAGAUUAAAAUGGAAGAGGACACCCCAUCGUCGCUGGCAGCAGAAGAAUCCGUCCCGGGCGAAUCCUUGAUCAAGAUUGAACCACCGGACGAGCUGGUAUCGGCUGUGGCGGCGGCUGAUGCCGGAAGUGGUAGCUGCGAUGCGACACUGUUGGGCAAUACUCCAACCACGGUUCAAUUUCUACCUCACAACAGCACCACCAUGGCAGCACCGGCCGCAACCACCAUCAAACUGGAACCGUUCAAUCACAUCAGCCAAAUUGCGGCCCGCAGCUCGACACCGGACGGAGCACCGCGCGUAGUACCGACUGGGUCGACGACUCUCAUCCCGGCCACUAUCGUCGUAUCGCAACCGUCGUCGACGGGCAAUUCCACAAUGUUUCAGACCACCUCCGGGACAGUCCCGGCCGUUGUUUCCGUCUCGCUCCAGCAGGGUAGUUUGCAUCAGCUCGUACACACGUCGUCCGCCCCAUCGAUGGGCGCCGGCACAACUAUGCUCGUGAUGCAAUCCAUUCCAUCGGUACAAUCGUCCCCGUCAGCUUCGGUCGCCGGUACACCAACCUCAUUCCUGCUGAGUAAUGCUGGCAGCAACACUGGUUCGAUUUUGGUUCAAACGUCUGCUUCGUCCUCGCUUUCCAACAACGUUGUUCAGUCGUCUUCAGCCUCCUCUAGCAAUUCGCUCUUAUCCGCAUCGACUCCGAUCGUCGUCACCGUGCCACCGGCCAGUAGUAGCGGUCUAUCGGCCGCGCAGCCAAUCAGCGGUACCAACACAGUCGUAUCGAUUGCGACUCCGAUCGUCGUAUCAUCAUCAUCUGCUGCCUCACUCGCACAGUCGAUCGUGCAUGCACAGUCUCAGGCAUCGUCGGCUGUUAGCAAUAGUUCGAGUUCCUCCAACACUGGCACUACGACCGCACUGAACAGUUACAUCGUCCAACACAAUUCCACUCCGAUCAUGCUUUCCCAUCAGCAAAUGCAACAGCUGGCAAACAGUGGUGGUGGUAAUAUCGUCACCGUCGGUGGACAGCAGGUCGUAACAACGAAGCAACACCAUGGCGAAACGUUUGUGCUUACGCAAGCACCGCUGAAGAAGCAGAUCAAUGGACCGUCCGAUGGGAAUAAGAAUGCCACCACGUCUGCCGUCAAUGCGCAAAACAUCAACAACCAAAAGUUCCACGCACUGUUAAGCCACAAGCUGGGUAGUAACAAACCGUCCGAUCUGAACAAAAAACAGUUGGAAAUGAUACGCAAAGCCUUGGGCUCAUCACAAAAAAUGUUCGUCAAAUCGACAAACCACGGUCAACAGCUGCACGCCGGAACCGCAAGUGGUAGUGCCGGCAUUGUCGGACACCACCAGCAAUCCCCGGCCCAGCAACAACAGCAGCAGUAUAAUGUGAUUCACCAAAACUCACUCAAUACCCCGAUCACGAUCGUGUCCGCGCAAAGUCCCGGUCAGCCAACCCAGAACAAAAUCAUUCUUACGUCCUCGCCCCACCUUCUGCAACAAGCGACGGCAGUUGGUGGAGCGACCGCUGGACAACUGAUCGCUGCAAGCCAUGGAAAGAUCCAGCUAACCACAGUCCAGCAGGGACAGCAACAGCAGCAAACUGGUCAGGUGACAACGGGGCCGACUGGUGGACAGAUUUUGACACUGGAUGCAUCCGGAGGCCAACAAGGGGCGGGUGGUGUGAGCGGUGUGCAACAGCAACUGAAGCUCGAAAAGAACCACAUCCUGUACAACAUUAAGAACAGUCGAGGACAGUUUCUUCAGCUUAAUCCGAAGAUGGUAAACAUCAUACAACCGGUACAGCAGCAGAAGAUUGUCAACAGUCUCACAAUUCAGCAGCAACAGCAUGCGCAGCAACAGCAGCAGCUUCUACACAAUCAGGCCGGUCAUGGUGGGACUACGACGAUCCUAAGCAAAGGACAAACGGUUCAGCGCAUCCCAACGGUUAGCAUUCGCACUCAGCAACAGGCUCAACAGCAGCAAGCACAACAGGUACAGGCACAGCAGCAGCAGCAAACAAAUCUGGUCGAUAUGGUCGUGGUGAACAAUACGAACAAUAUAAAGUUUAUUCAAGCGGCAGCAUCGGCCGCGGCUGCAGCUGCUGCAGGCGGAAGCGUGGUCAAUAACAGUACGGCAACGAGUCGAGUGACGAAUUCCGUUACAACAUCAGGAGAAAGCGGAACUAGCGCCAGUAGUGGCAGCAGUGGAAGCAAUUGUGUGCAGGUGGCAACACUGUCCAGCUCGGUAGCAAACAGUGUGGCGAGCAACAGCAGCGUCGUCGCCGUUGGAGGAUCUUUAACGAACAGCAGCAGUAACGCAACGGUAGCGACGGUAGCGUCAGUCACGUCUACGACGGCGGGGGGAACCGCUGGAACGGUGGUCGGUGGUGGUGGUGGAGGUGGUAGUAGUAACGGUAGUGGUGGUAGUGGUGCCGUUACCGGCAGUGCUGCCAACACGAAUCCUUCAGCCAGUAUAAACAUUACCAAUAGGUGAGAGUCGAAGAUCCAGCUCAGUAGGUAACUGUUACUGUAUUUUAACUUAUUACUAAUUAAUGUUAACGUGUAGGUCAGGAUAAGAAACCUUUAUAGGAAAAAAUCCGCUUUCGUAACGAGAAGCACACGAGUUUU